ACUCAAAGGGGGCAGGCAUAACCCAUAAAAAGAUAUAGUCUCGUAAAAUAUUGAACCAUAAGGCUUAUGACUUAUAGGCUACGUGAUAGGUUGACCAGAGACGGCUAACAAUAAAUAAACAACAGUCAAUGAAGACAAGUUGGGUUGUGCCGAGUUUAAUUAGGCUAUAGGAAGCUUCGAGUGUUUCCGUAUUAUCAGCGUUUUCAGGAAGUUUGAAGAGGUUUUGUUUUAACACAUAUAGGUCUACGUUUGACGAUGAUUGUUUGGCUCUUCUUUAUUUACUGGCAUUGUUCCUUUUGUUCCUCCUCUGUCCGAUUGACAUGAUAUCCUUUCAAAACGCAUGAUUAAACAAGACAGCAGCGUCCGCUUCCAAGAGAUGCAUUUCUCCAGAGAUACUUUAACAACAAGUCUACGGAUUACAAGUCAACUUCUGUGGGUGGUGGGGUUAUUGUUGUCCCUCAGUGGACUCUAUCUACUGUUCUACUUCAGCAAGAGCCACCCCUUCUUCUCGGGAUACUCUAUCCUCAUGCCCGGAGUGCUCGCGCUCUCCACCGCCACGCUCCUAUUGGUCGCCGGCGUGAUUGGCUGCAUGGCUGCUGCUCAAACCUCGGUCUUUUUGCAGGGCUUGUUCGUUUAUCUGUUGGUGGUGGCGGUGUGUCUCCAGGGGACAGCUUCAGCACUAGCCUACUACUACUCUGACAAGGUCGAUUCAGAGUUGUCUGUUCUAAGUGAGGUUUUCUACAACUAUUCAGGCAGUAGCCAAGACCCACUUGCAAGGGCUGUGGACAGUACACAAGAAGAGCUCCAGUGCUGUGGGGUCCAGGGCUACAGUGAUUGGCUCAGCACCCCCUGGUUCAACCGGAGUCGGCGGGCCACGUUCCCUCAGAGCUGCUGUAACUCCUCCUGCUUCCACUGCACCAGCAGCUCAGAGGAACACUGGGAACCUUAUGUACAGGGCUGUCAGGAGCGGCUGGAGGAGGCACUGGGGUUUGUGCUGAGUCUGAUCACCUGGUCCCUGCUGCCCCUGCUCCCGGUAGAGGUCAGAGGCCAUGCGCUCCAGGGGCUUGUUGUUCAGGUUCAUCCAUUUUGUUUAAAGGGGUCCCAUGACCGUGUUCAUCCUUGGGACCGAGGAGGAACACUUGCGAUUCUGGGCAUCGCUAUCAUGGCCCACAUGAUGACGAACAACCAACUGUUGCUGGAUUACACCGUUCUGGAGAAGCCGUCAAGUUGAAUUACAACAGGCAUGCACCCAUGCCCCACACAACACACAAACACGUAUACACACACACACACACACACACACACACACACACACACACACACACACACACACACACACACACACACACACACACACACACACACACACACACACACACACACACACACACACUAACAUAAAUUAAACUCUGAUAACAAGGUAUUAAUAUACACAAUUUAGUGAAUGUGAAUGUCCAUAAACACGCCAGAACAUUUAUUUUGCAAUAAUAUAUCAUUGUGUGGGAAAAUACUAAUUGUUCAAUGAA